ACGAAUGGAUGAGGAGGAGUGAACAGACUUGGGAGGAGGCACACGUAAGGCUCCAAAGGGCGAUUCGUAGACAAAAGGUACAGGCAGACCGUCAUAGACGGGAUGUGCCAUCAUUCAGACCAGGACAGAAGACAGCCGGUGGUAACAGAACCCCCCCCUCCGCUUGACGUAGACGGUUCCCCCGCAUACAGUGUAAACCAGUUAUUGGAUUCAAGACGCCGUGCGGGUAGAUUGUUCUACCUGGUAGACUGGGAGGGUUAUGGACCAGAGGAACAAUCUUGGGUUCCAGCCAGUGAUAUCCUAGACCCCGCACUCAUAGAAGACUUUCACAGGGACUUUCCAGAUCGACCAGCCCCUAGGCCCAGAGGACGCCCCAGGAUAAUAAGGUUACCGGCGUCGGGAGCCGCCCGUCAGGAGGGGGGUUAUGUUACACCGGCAGUGGCUGCUCCUCCUCACCACGAGAGGUCACUGUCUCCUGAGUUCUAAUGCAGCCACUUCCUGUUUGGUGGCCAUCUUGGUAUGGGUAUAUAUACCCCACAUUUACUAACACAGCUC